UGCCGGCCAAUCAGCGGCGAACAGGUCGCUAAGCAGGGAGGAGGAGGCAAGAUGGCGGCGAAAGGCGGCGGCGCUGGAGGAGGAGGCGGCGGCGGCGCUAACAAGAACGGGAUAUUGGAAAAGUGGAAGAUUGAUGACAAACCUGUAAAAGUGGACAAGUGGGAUGGUUCGGCCGUGAAGAACUCGUUGGACGAUUCCGCCAAAAAGGUUCUGUUGGAAAAGUACAAGUACGUGGAGAACUUCUGCCUGAUAGAUGGCCGCCUUGUUAUCUGCACAAUCUCUUGCCUCUUCGCCAUCGUGGCUUUAAUAUGGGAUUACCUUCACCCCUUCCCUGAAUCCAAGCCAGUUCUUGCAGUCUGUGUUGUAUCGUAUUUUGUUAUGAUGGGGAUUCUGACCAUCUAUACCUCGUAUAAGGAGAAGAGCAUCUUCCUUGUAGCACAUAGGAAAGAUCCAGCUGGAAUGGAUCCUGAUGACAUCUGGCAGCUUUCCUCGAGUCUGAAAAGGUUUGACGACAAAUACACCCUGAAGAUGACAUUCAUCAGCGGCAGAACCAGGCAGCAGAGGGAGGCGGAAUUCACCAUGUCCAUCGCCAAAUUCUUCGACUGCAACGGCACCUUAGUCAUGGAAGCCUUUGAGCCAGAAAUCUCCAAGCUUCACGACAGCCUGCUCACAGAGAGGAAGAUAAAGUAGGAGGCUCCGUCCGGCGUCCACCUUACCCGCUGGGCUCAUGCUGAGUUUAAGCCAAUAAAGCAAAAUAGCAACGAA